AUGUGUUCAUUUUCUGUUUUUUGUUUUAAAAAUUUUCAGAUUAUGUAUGUUACAGUUCUUCUGCCUUAUCUAUUCAUGUUUAUUUUACUUAUUCGUACUCUUCUACUCGAUGGAGCAUCAGUCGGAUUAAUUCAUUAUCUGAAACCUGACUGGUCGAAAUUGACAGAUAUGACAGUAUGGUCUGAUGCUGGAACGCAAAUCUUUUUUAGUUACAGUCUUGGUCUGGGUGUGCUGACAGGUUUUGGAAGUUAUAAUAAGAUUCAUCAUAAUUCUUUAAGAGACUGUUGUUUAUUCGCCGUGGCCAAUACCUUUACAAGUUUACUUUCCGGUUGUAUAAUAUUCGCUACACUCGGCUAUAUGUCGCAUAUAUCAAACAUUCCGAUGAAUUUGAUUGCAGAAUCUGGUCCAGGGCUGGGAUUUGUUGUUUACCCUAAAGCUAUCGGAACAAUGCCAUUGAGUUCAUUUUGGUCAAUAUGCUUCUUUUCAAUGAUUAUCUUACUUGGGAUUGAUAGUAUGUUUGGUGGCGCUGAAGGAAUCAUAACAGCUGUGGCAGAUUAUUUUCCAAAAGCAUUAGCUAAAACUUGGAUUCGUUGCACGUUUGUUGCAGGUGUAUGCAUAGUCAACUACUUAAUUGGACUAUCGAUGGUCACCAAUGGUGGAAUGUAUAUUUUCCAACUGUUUGAUUAUUACAGUGGAAGUCGUAUUAUCCUGAUUGUAGGCUUGCUGGAAUCAGCAGUCAUUGGAUAUAUUUACGAAUCGAGUAUCAUCAAUUCAUCAGGGACUGUCAACUACCACGGUGAUCAAAAUCAUUUCGACCAACAAGGUUCAACGUUAAUGAUGGAGAAUUCAUCAUUAAAUGUAUCACAUUUAUAAUAAAUAUAGUCGUCAUUUAUUGACUGAUGAUAGUUUCUAAACGAAAACUAAAAAGAAAAUUUUUUUCCUGCAACUUUAUUUCUACU